CUAGAUCUAAAUACUAAAAAAUACGCUUCAACAAAGUUUAUCAGAUUCAGCUCUGCAUCAUUGCCAGGAAAGAAACAUUAAGCACAUAAGAAAUGAACCUCGCCUUAACCACUUGACAGAGCAAGAUGGAGGUAAAAGAUAGCCACAUAUCCUUCUCAAGUGAUUAUAAAGGACUUAAGUCAUUGCAUGGCAGAGAUUCAAUGAGAGCAAAUAAACUGCUUGAUGUUGCUCUGCAGAGCUGGAAAUUGGGACAGUACACGGAUAUCACAAUAUCAGUGGGUGGUCAAACUUUUAAAGCUCACCGGAUAAUCCUGACUUCCUUGUCAGAUUUCUUUCAUCCCCUAAUGCAGCUGGACGAUAAAGGAACAGGUGUGGUUAAGCUAGGAAAUAACAUUGAGCCCGCAGACUUUGCUGUUCUGUUAGAGUUUGCUUACACAGGUCAAGUCGAGAUCACCACAGAAAAUGUUCAGAACCUCUUGGUCUCAGCAGAUUAUCUUCAGGUGGAUUAUGUCAAGCAUGAGUGUAUCAAAUUCAUGCAACGUUAUUUGGAUCUUGAUAACAUUUUUGAUGUCUUAACAUUAGCAAGUAACCACUCCUUGGUUGAGUUAAAAGCCUGUGCUGUUGAGUUUUUUAAAAGGAAUUUAGAUAAAAUUUCUAAGUGUAAGCAAUUUGUUGCAGAAUUCUUUUAUUCUGAUGAUUUGGUUUUGUAUGAGAAUAAUCUAAAUUUGAUCUCUACAGAGAGAGAGUGUUUGAUUUUGACAGCUGUUCUCAGAUAUUUAUCUGGUCAACCUAAAGAAAAUAUUACUAUAAUAGACAGACUUAUUAAAUCAGUAAGGUUGGCACAGCUUCCAAUGUCACAAAUAAAUAAUUGCCUGGACAAAUGUAAAAGCCUACGGAAACACAAAGUUAUCAAGAAAUAUGUCAAGUUACGAGAAGGUAUUAAACAAGGGGAACCGGUUAAGUCAGGAUCUGAUAUCCCAGAAGCUUGGACCAGACCUAGAAAAUUAGCAUGCUCUGAAAUUUUUGUGGGAAACAGAAGGUAUGCAGAUGGUGGAGAAGUUGCUGCAUGCCCUGAACCUCCAAGUUUUUUAUACCAAGAUCCCAACAUUAGACUUAGGAAAAUAGAAAUAUGGACAAGGCGUUGGAGCUCUAGCAUUGUCAUAGCCGGUUUAACAUUAACCUAUGAUAACCCACUCUUGCCAGGGACUGUUCAUGUAAGUACUUUUGGCUCAGAGGAAAGAGCUAUCAAACGUUACCAAAUUGAACUUGAACCUGAUGAAUUCAUUAUAAAAAGUGUUAUUCGUAGUGGCUGGUUAAUUGAUAGCCUUAGUUUUACCACUAAUAAGAGAAAGAAUUUGGGCCCAUUUGGUGGUAAUGGAGGUAAUGAAUACAGUGAGUCUGCUGCCAGCGGGACAUUAUCUUACCUUUAUGACAUUUGCUGUGACACUGUAAUUACAGAGGGCUCUAAAGCAAUUUAUAACCUAAUGUUUCGCUGGAUCAAAUUUAUGUAACAUUGUUAAAGAAGUAUUGAGUUAAUUAAAUGUUAUCAGGAAAAAGAUGUCAAAAAGUUUAAAUCCUUGUGCAAAUAUAUUAUUAAGCAAGUUUUUAUUAUGUCAUAUUUAAAAAAAAAUUAUUUCCUUUCUUAAACUGUGAAUUAAUUCAUAAAAAAUCAAACCAACUAAAUUAGCAUAGGCCUAUAAAUAUAAGGCUACACCUUUGAUAUUGUAGGCUAACAAUAGUGAAAUACACUUUUUUCAACGUCUGUUUUCUACCUGUUAAAACUUGUUACUUUAUCAUAGCAAUCAAUUGUAUUGAUGUGCAGGACUGUAAAGUAAGCUUCUUUACAAGAGUAUUCUAAAUAUACAAUACACUGGUCUAAACUCUAAGGUUUCAAAGUAUAUAUUUAAUAAUGUAUUUAAUAAUGUAUGUAUGUUCCAAAAUUUAGGAGAAUUUCCUGCAACAUAAUCAUGCAGUUGAUUUCAGCAGUGAUAAUAACAAGGGAAUAAACAUUU